UGCUACCGCAUGGUGGGCGGCAUCCUGGUGGAGCGCACGGUGCGGGAGGUGCUGCCCGCGCUGGAGAGCAACAAGGAGCAGGUGCGAAAAUCCCGUGAUUCGCUGACCCAGCAGCUGCAGGCGAAGGGCCGCGAGCUGAACGACUUCCGCGAGCUGCACAACAUCCGGCUGGUGGGCGAGGAGGAGCCGCGCGCGCCGCGGGACGGCGCCGAGGGCGCCAAGAGCGGCGCCGCCGGCGUGCUGGUCUCCUAG